GUUCGGCGCUCACGAAGCGCGGCCGAAUCGAACUCGCCAAACUCUCCACAACGCGUCCAAAACAAACACGCCUUACCCCCCACGCGAUGGCCGAUCAGCGGUACGUUACCGAGAUUCCCAGCAGCCUGAAGCAGCUGGCGCGCCUGGUGGUCCGGGGGUUCUACACGAUCGAGGACGCGCUGGUGGUGGACAUGCUGGUGCGGAAUCCGUGCAUGAAAGAGGACGACAUCUGCGAGCUUCUCAAGUUCGAGCGUAAGAUGCUGCGGGCGCGCAUCUCGAUCCUGCGGAACGACAAAUUUCUGCAGGUGCGCCUCAAAAUGGAAACGGGCCCGGAUGGCAAGGCGCAGAAGGUCAACUACUACUUCAUCAACUACAAAACGUUCGUGAACGUCGUCAAGUACAAGCUGGACCACAUGCGGAAGCGCAUGGAGACGGAGGAGCGCGAUGCGACGAGCCGGGCGAGUUUCAAGUGCCCUUCCUGCAACAAAACCUUCACCGAUCUCGAGGCCGACCAGCUGUACGACUUCAACACGGACGAGUUCCGCUGCACGUACUGUGGCAGCGCGGUAGAGGAGGACAGCUCGGCCCUGCCGAAGAAGGACUCGAGACUGCUGUUGGCCAAGUUCAACGAACAACUGCAGCCACUGUACGACCUGUUGCGGCAGGUCGAAGGCAUUAAGCUGGCGCCCGAGAUUCUCGAACCGGAACCUGUAGAUAUAGACACAAUAAGAGGAAUCGCCAAACCAACCACCAAAGCGCCGACGGAGCAGUGGUCCGGGGAAGCAACCCGAUCCAGUGGGUUCGCCGUUGAGGAGGCGCGGGUUGAUAUUACAAUCGGUGACAGUGAUACGCUGGAUACGGGUACCCAGCGCAAGGAUCGGCCCGUAUGGAUGACGGAGUCGACCGUCAUUUCCAACGAUGCGGACGAGAACUCCGUCGAUGCCAUUCUAGAGAAGGCUGCCUUCACCUCCACUCAACCGUCGGCGAUCGGCGGAUCGGGCAACAGUAACAGCACGACGACGAACGUUAUUACAUCGGCUCGCAACCGGAGAGAUGCGGACGAUAUCAUGUCCGUGCUGUUGCAGCACGAGAAGCAAAGUGGGAGCAAUUCGACGAACGAGGCGGUACGGGGACUGGCCAACAAUAACGAUGGUAACUCGAGUGAUAGCAGCGUCGAGGAUCGCGAUAUAGACAACACAGAGAUCCCGACCGUGGACAUCAUGGAUUCCGAUUCCGACGACGAUAUGCCGACGGUAACGGUCGCCGGAAAGCCCUAUCCGUUGGAUGAGAUCAACGACAAGUUAAUAGCGGACAUGUCGCCUCAGGAGAAGGAAACCUACAUACAGGUGUAUCAGGAUCAUUUCAGUCAUAUUUACGAUUAAAACGUACUUGUAGGCGAAGGAUUAAUGUUAAAAAAAUGAAAAUAUAACCGAUGCGUUAACCACUAACGUAUGGAUCGUA